CAACCCGACAGAAGGCCAAAGAAGAGAAGUUGCGACCGACCGAUCCGUGGGAGCAGUGCUGCAACAGUUGGAACGAAACUCUCAGGCAGAGGUGGGACAAAAAAACAUAGGCAGCCCCCACCCCUCCUCUCAACUUCCUGCCUUCUACAAACAGCUCAUAUUCUCCUAAACACGAGAAGAAUGCAAAAGACUGGACAAACACAUCAACUGGAUUAAAUAAAUAAAGACGCAUGACUUUUUGAAGGCCGUUUGCGCCAAGCGCCAAAAAACAAGAUUUCUUCCCGGAUUCAGUUGGUCGCAGGUUAUGUUCUGACAAAUUCAGUUCAAGUUGUUUCAAGACUUCUGCCAACUUCGACACCUUUUUGAGAGUGAAGGGAUGAAGCUGAAGCUGACGGUCCGCCUGCUGCUGCCGCUGGCGGUGGCGGCGUUGGCGGUGAGGGCGCACGGAGCCGCAGAGCUACAAAUCAAUCCGGAGUCAUGGCUUCAACAGUAUGGCUACUUGCCUCCUGGAGAUUUGAGGACCCACUCCCUCCGCUCCCCCCACUCCGUCUCAUCUGCCAUCGCCACCAUGCAGAAGUUUUAUGGUCUCACCGUUACCGGCACUUUCGAUCAAAGUACCAUUGAGGCCAUGAAGCGGCCGCGCUGUGGCGUGCCAGACAAGUUUGGGGCCGAGCUGAAAAGCAACCUGAGGAGGAGGAAGCGCUACGCCUACCAGGCUCUGAAGUGGCACAAAAAAGAUGUUACUUUCUCCAUACAGAACUACACCCCAAAGGUGGGCGAGUACGAGACCCAUGAGGCCAUCCGGAGGGCCUUCAAAAUUUGGGAGAAAGUCACACCACUACGUUUCCGGGAGAUCCCCUACAGCUACAUCCGGGAUAAGGUGGAGAAGUUUGCUGACAUCAUGAUCUUUUUUGCGGAGGGUUUCCACGGCGACAGCAGCCCGUUUGAUGGUGAGGGGGGUUUCCUGGCACACGCCUAUUUUCCCGGCGAUGGGAUUGGUGGAGACACCCAUUUCGACGCAGCUGAGCCGUGGACGAUUGGAAACAAAGAUCUGUCGGGAAAUGACGUCUUCCUUGUGGCGGUGCACGAACUUGGUCACGCGCUGGGUCUGGAGCACUCCAACGAUCCCUCAGCCAUCAUGGCUCCUUUCUAUCAGUGGAUGGACACAGAGAACUUCCAACUCCCUGAUGAUGAUCGCAGAGGCAUACAGCAAAUUUAUGGCUCCGGGUCAAACUUUCCACCUCCACCCGUAACACCGCAAACACCUGACCUCGACCCUCAGCCCACCUAUUCACCUGACAAGCCUCGCUUUGGCCCCAACAUAUGCGAUGGACACUUUGACACCAUCGCCAUCUUCAGAGGAGAAAUGUUUGUGUUUAAGGAGAAUUGGUUCUGGCGAGUUCGGAACAACCACGUGUUGGACGGAUACCCCAUGCCUAUUGGUCACUUUUGGAGGGGACUGCCCACUCAUAUCAAUGCUGCUUUUGAAAGAGAAGAUGGGAAAUUUGUCUUUUUUAAAGGGGACAGAUACUGGGUCUUCAGUGAAUCUAUUUUGGACUCUGGUUACCCCAAAAAGCUGUCAGAAAUGGGCUCUGGACUUCCAGAAGAUCGCAUAGAUGCUGCUCUCUAUUAUACCCUCAACGGACAGACAUUUUUCUUCAGAGGGAACAAGUAUUAUCGUUUUAAUGAGGGAUCCAGAACUGUUCAUGAGGAGUAUCCCAAAUCCAUCAGUAUGUGGCAGGGGGUACCUGAAAACAUUAAGGCGGCCUUCAUGAGCAAAGAUCAGGCUUAUACUUAUUUCUACAAAAACAAUAAGUACUGGAAGUACAACAGCCAGAUGAUGCGGGUGGAGCCUGGAUACCCCAAGUCAGCUCUUCGUGACUGGAUGGGCUGCCCCAACGAAGACCCAAAGACAGAUGGAGGAAGAGGAGGAAAUGACAAGGACAAGACGAAGGAGAAGGACAGAGAGGACAGCGACAGAACUCGGGACAGAGACAGAGAAAGGGAGGAGUGGGAUACGGAGACAGUGGCUGAUGUGGAUGUGACGAUCAUCGAGACCAGCUCAGGCAGCGGGGCAGCAGUCGUGGUCUUGCCGUUAUUCCUGUUGGUGUGCGUGAUUGCUACGUUAGCAGUCUUGCUGUUUUUCCGUCGAUACGGCACGCCACGUCGACUCCUGUACUGCCAGAGAUCCCUACUAGACAAGGUAUAGACAGAAGUGAAGCGUCGGAUGUAGGGGUGUAACGAUUCCUUUUAACAACGAUUCGAUUCAGAUCAUUUGUGGUUGACGAUAGUAUUCAUCGUCGAUAUCUGUUCAUUUUGAGCGAUCUGAUUCACUGACCUAAAAUCAAUCAAGGACAUCAUUGCCAAAAAUUCAACCAGUGUGACUCAGAGAUACGUUUUCAAGAUGCUUUGUAUUUCUUGCAAGAUAAUGAAGUGUAAAUUCAAUAUGUAAACAAGGAUUAAUGGCAAAUCCAUUCACAUUUUAGUUUCAUAAGAUUCAACCCACUGCUGUUUUUACACAUCAAAUUAAUACCAAGGGAACAUUAUUAGAACAUUUUUGUACGGGCAAGUCUUUGCUAAAUUCAAAGUGUUUCCACACAUUGUACUGGACUUGUGUUGUCCGGUGUGAUGCACAUGGUCGUUUUUACGUUAAAGUAAACAAACCUGCCAUGCAUUAAUCCAAAUUGUAUUUUUUAAUAUAAACUAUUAUUGAAUUAUUUCAUUUUGAAACAAUUUUAUAAUGGUCGAUGCGAAAGAUCAAUCUGGUUGGAUCGUAGGAAUCUAAAUCGAUUCAUCGAUUAAGUCGACUAAUCGUUACACCUCUAGUAGGAAGGGAAGAGAGAAGGACGUGAGAGAAACACCCCCAUGAGGGAGCAGGAGACGAGGAAAAGACGAGGGAAGAUGGAUAAGUGAUAAUUCAUUGCAAAACCUGUCAUUAACUCUUUGUCAGCCACUCCUUGCGCUUUUUCCUCUCUCUUUUAGCCUCCUCUCCUGUGGUAACUGACGCCAGCUCCUUGCUGUUUGUUUUAGCCUUUUUCAAUGUCUCUUUUUUUUUCUUUGUGAAUUUCUGCUUCACAUCUGAAACAUUGCAGAGUCAGGCGGUUGUUGAACCCCCCCCUUUCGUCCUCACUAACUCAAACACUAACAUGGCCACAAACACAAACUGCAGAGUCACAGUGUUUCCCAAUCUUCCAGUAAAGCAGGAGCCAGUUUGGACCAUAAAUGGUGAAACAAGCACAACUUUACGAAGCCCGACAUGCACUCCCAUCAGUGUGGCGCAACAAACACAACUGUGUCUUUUCCUUUUUCACACUUUUUUGUUGUCAUAAAUGAUGUUGUCAUUAGUAUUAUGUCUGUUACUAUUAUUGUUGUUGUUGCAAAUGUUUUUUUGUACAAUGUCAUUAAACGUCCUGCUGGGCAGAGACAUAUAAAAGUGGCCUUAAUUUUAUAUUUGUGGGAACAGUGAACUGGGAUAAGGGUUUCUUGAAACUUGAUCAUUUUUUUUUUUGUUUGUUUGUUUUUUAGUUCUGGACACCUUGAUUCAAUUUAAAGUGAAAAUAAAACGGAUGAUCUUAAAAAGACUCUUUCUUUCAUUUUCAUUUUUAAUCAGGGCCGUUCAACAAUGACAAUAAUACUAAAAAUGAUGAUAAUAAUGAUAACCAGUUAUUUUUUUUGUGCACGUUUCAUGCUUUUCUUACAAGAAUAAAGCAAUUUCAAAAGGC